CCAGCGGCUCUGCAUUUUUCGGUUGAAUCGGUUGAUACGGUUCCCUUCCAUUUUCUUCUUACUCUCAAGUGUCGCUCAUCCUCUGCGUUUGGAUAUUUGGGGAUUUUUUAUACGAAGGGUAGGAAAAAGAAGCAAUGGCAAGCCAUUUCACUCGGGGGCAGCUAAUCAUUCCGAAUGAAAAUCUGGACUUUCUCCACAAAAAGGGCAUUUUAGAUGGAAAAAUGAAGAGUUCAAAAACAGCUAAAAAGAAAGGAGGAUUAGGGCAUGGAAGUCGUAAAGCUCUCAAUGACAUAACAAACAAAUCGUCCCUUCAUAAUGAAGCAUCUUUGAAGAAAAUGAAUAUACCAAAAGAGGAACUUAAUGUAGCCGAAGAAAUGUUUUUGCAUGAUCACAGAAAGUGCAUCGAGGCACAAAAAAGUGCACUGAAUACUUUUUACCUGGACUUGGUUCUUCCAGGACAAGAUUCUGUAUGUAACGCUGAAUGCCAAGAGUUCAAACAAGCAAAGACUGAUCUUGAUAGUCAACGCUGCUACCCUGAGCCAGUAGAAUUACCCAUAUCCGAAUUUUCUGAUCGGUUAGCAUCUUCAACAGAAUGGACUUCUCCUCCAUGUUCUCCAAUACAUUGGGACUCUCCUUUUGCAUGGAAUUCCGAGGUGGUUGAAUUCACUCUGAAGCCAGAAAUUGAUGUUUGAAUGUUAUGUCUAUUUCAAUCUCAUAGUUGUACUCAAUCUCACAUUACAUGCUAGUGAUUCCUCCGGUUUUUCAUGUGCUUUCUAUUACUGAAUUGUUAAAGAGAAGCUGACAUAAAAAGUACAAUUUUAUUUGACACUUAAAACACUAGGGGAGUAAGGUGGGAACAGGAAACUAGGCUUUGGUGGAUAAAACCCCUCGUCUCAUUACACUGGAACUGCCCAUACCAGAGUACAGCUAAACACUGAAACAUGAUGGAAAAUACAAAAUAUUAUGUACUAGGGCCGAUUUCACGGGGAUCGAUUCCAGAAUCUCAGGACCAGCUCCAAAGGGGCCUUUGUUCACCCUUAGAUUUUUAAAAAUUCAAUUCAUUAUUCUA